AUGGCACUCAAGCCUCGCUUAGAUCCGUACACACGACUUACCUCGCGGUUCUAUGAGGUCCUUUUAUUGCUUUCAACCCUCCGCCCUGUCAACGGUCCUCAUAUCAUCACCAAACUAGACACGGGCACUCUGCAGGGGGCUCGACGACGGUUCCUUCGGAAUCUUUGCGUUCUCUGCGACUACCAGAAGGGUGGCGACAGCACGACCUCCAUUGGCGCUGAAGACCGAGAUGACACAUACGUGCUCUGGGUCUCCUCCAACGAAGGUCCUGGGGACAACGUUAUCAACUUUAUUAUCACUGUUCUUGAAGACUUGCGACGUGUUGUGUUCGGAGGCGAAGAGCAGAAUGUGGUCGCAGAGGAACUGUUGCAUCGGACUAUUCGGUUCGUUUCGCCGCGACUGAGGAAGGAGAAGAGCUUUCUACGGAGGACAUCCCGAUCUUGCGCCGAAAUUGUCGAAGGUGAUGAUCCACAACACAGCAAGCUGGGACAGUAUACCGGCCUCAUAUUAUGGCUUCGCCAAUUCCAACCCACCAACCUGGAUGAUCUAGCGAUAUGCAGACUGGCGUAUGAACAUCGCCAUGACCAAGAGAUGAACCUAAUGAUGCAAUAUGGCCAAGAGGAGGAGGAGUCUGGUACUCAGCUCCCAAUGGCACGACCAUUCAGUUACUUCAGGCACAUGAUCGGUAGACUGGCCCACCGCGUCCGUGUGGUCGGCGAACUCUUCCAGGACGCCCGCCGCUUACCAGCAUUGCUACGAGACUCCCGUGUUGAGAGAGUCCAGCCGCCAAUGAGCGCUACAGUGCCAAUGGCGGAUGGGCAUACAACUUUGCAAGGCAUCUUGCGUCGCUUGCUACCGGCCAGAGAUCAGCGCUAUGGACCUUAUCUAGACUUUCUCAAGUUCAUCGACCAACAUGUCAACAUUGAAGCUGGCAUCAUCGAAAGACUGGAAGAUUCCACAUUCACGCCUUGUGUUCACGCAGAGGUCCAGAUGCUGCAUCAUUUUGACAAGGGGAACCGCAACUUUGUCGCCAAUGACAAAUACAUCGCCUGCAGUAAGCCAGCUUGUAUAUGCUGCGAGCUGUACUUCCGCCAUCACCCGCUGCGAGUCACCUUGAUUGACGCUCAUCAGAAGGCGUAUCCAAAAUGGGGUCUCAUUGGUCUGACCCAAGGCGCUCAGAGUGCCGACUGGAUAUCUCAACGGAAUAUCCUCAUCGACGUGAUUCAGGACCUGAAGCCCAUAGUCCUGGAUCAAAUAUCACAGCUUCAGGUCUCUAGCCUCCACCACCCGGACUCUGUAUCUCAAAUCACGGAGUCGCUUGCCGAUGACGUCGACUUGGCAGAGUUAUCAGAUGUGGAUUCUGAACAGACCUUCGAUACUGAGCCGGAAUCUAUCGCAGAUACUGCCGGUGUCCUCAGCAACGAAGCCGGAACAGCGGCUAACUUCACCACCUUUCAUCCCGCCGAUAUCGCCGCCUUCGAAUCAAUUUUCUUGGACAAUGACGAUGAUGCAGACUUUGACAGUGACGAUGGAGUCAAAUUGUGA